AAGAACACAUUGUAGCCUUGAUUUUUGUUUUUAGAUUUUUUUUUUGGGUAGGCUGCAGAAUACCCCACAUUAUUUAAUGACAAAACUUGUUUAUUUUUACAAAAACAGAUGUACAAUCAUGGGGUCAUUCCCCCUAGCGAGAUCCCUGUAUUCGUGCUCUACUUACUGCUAAAGACACAGGAUCCCAAGUAAUUGCGAGGUCAACUGUCUGAGUGGCCUAAUGUAGCAAUGGAUCUAUUUCUCUUUCUACUGGGAUUCCCCUGGGCACUCUCAAUUAGAAAGAAAUGGAACCAUUUUUGCCAUCCAGCAAUGUUAACUAUUCCAUUCAUUAUCUACAUCCAAUUUUAUUGGCAGUUUCACACUGCCAAGCUAUUCUCACUCUGAAAAGUGGCCUAAUUGGGGUACAAGUGAAACAAAGUGAACUGUCACUAUAAGGCAUUAUGUAGUUUCAAACAAAUUUGAAAUGGUCAGGUUGAUGUUUUUUUCUUUUUUCUUGUGUUGGCAGAUCUGAAAAGCUGCUUCAGUCACAGACCUAUGCUCUGUCAUUUUGGUCAGCAAACUGGGACAUGAAAAAGUCAGGCUGAUGUUUUCUUCUUUGUGUUUUGUGUUCACAGAUUUGGGGAAGAGGACUCCGACUCUGUGAGCGGUCCUGCCUGGAUGCUAGCUGAUCCAGCGGGCCCUUCCCCUUCGACUGUGGGUGUCCCCCCCUGCGUCAUCAUCCUGGGUUAGUCAGCACACUCGGACCCCUGGGAGGGCAGGGUGGCUAUGGAGGUCCCACUGGUAAACUUCGAGAACCUGGAUGAUAUUGGCAUCAACAUGGGUGACCCCAGUGACUCAGGGUACCCCACCUCACCCACCUCAGACGCAGCCGACCACCACAGGGUGACCAAUCGCGUGGCAUCGGCCUCAAAUUCCCCUCAGAGGCGCCAACCGGCAGGUCAGCAAGUGGGGUUCUCCCCAACCACGACCCCCCUCCUCAACAAAAGGGGGAACUCCAGCUGCACCAGUCUCAUCUCCAACUGGAAGAUCCUGAUGAACAGCGACGGGAGUCCAAACGACAGCGUCUUCAGCAAGGCGGCGAAGGACCUCUGCGAGGACAUGUAUGGGGAAAAGCAGAACUUCAAACAGGAGGACGGAGAGCAGAAAGUGGUCAUCAACGUGUCAGGGAUGAAAUACGAGACGCAGCUGAAAACCUUGAGCCAGUUCCCUGACUCGCUUCUUGGAUCUCCCAAGAAGAGGACAUACUAUUUCGACCCAAUGAAGAAUGAAUACUUUUUUGACCGCAACCGGCCGGCCUUUGAUGGAAUUCUAUACUAUUACCAAUCCGGUGGCAAGAUCCGAAGACCUGCAAACGUCCCGUUGGAAAUCUUUGCGGAUGAGAUAAUUUUCUACGAGCUUGGCACAGAUGCUAUUGAACAGUUUAGAGAGGAAGAAGGCUUCGUAAAGGAGCCUGAAGCGCCCCUGCCCACCAAAGAGAUCCACAAGCAGUUCUGGCUCUUGUUUGAGUAUCCGGAAAGUUCCAGCGCAGCCCGGCUAGUAGCUUUGGUGUCCGUCACCGUCAUCACAGUCUCCAUUGUUAUCUUCUGCUUGGAGACGUUACCGGAGUUCCGUGACCUGGGCCACCCAAGCAUGGGUCCCCUAGGCAACCAAACUGAUGCUGGCGGCACCUUCCUGCCAGCGAGCGUGCCACCUAAAACACUCGCCUCAACGUUCUCUGACCCUUUCUUCGUCAUCGAGACGGUCUGCAUCGUCUGGUUCAUCUUCGAGCUUGGCGUGCGGUUCGUCUGCUGUCCCAGCAAGAGCGAAUUCUUCAACAACAUGAUGAAUGUCAUCGACAUCUGCUCCAUCGUCCCCUACUUCAUCACCCUGGCAACGGACCUGUUGACCACGCCGGAUGAUUCCGCCGGACAGAACAUGUCUCUGGCCAUCCUGAGGGUCAUCCGCUUGGUGAGGGUCUUCCGAAUCUUCAAGCUUUCACGCCACUCCAAAGGAUUACAAAUCCUGGGAUGGACCCUGAAGGCCAGCUUGAGGGAGCUGGGACUGCUCAUCUUCUUCCUCUUCAUCGGAGUCAUCCUCUUCUCCAGUGCCAUCUACUUCGCUGAGGUCGACGAACCCGACACGCAGUUCAUCAGCAUCCCCGAGGGUUUUUGGUGGGCGGUGGUAACCAUGACUACCGUCGGGUACGGCGACAUGACUCCAAUCACGCUGGGAGGCAAGAUGGUGGGCACCCUGUGUGCCAUCGCUGGCGUGUUGACCAUUGCUCUCCCAGUGCCCGUCAUCGUCUCCAACUUCAACUACUACUACAACAAGGAAACGGGGCAAGGAGACAAGCACAUCAUGGACAGCGUAGAGGCAGCUGCCCAGAGAUCCGCUGAGGCUGAUAAAAAUGACAGCAACGUCUCACUGGACAAGAGCAAUGGGAACUGGCCAAGUGAGAAAAACGGCAUGCCCUGAGUUACACACGCUAAACUAAAA